UGAGACCUGAGAACAAACCCUCACAUUCCGCUCUUGCUUUGCUGAGGAAAUGUCGUCAACGAUAAGCAAAAAGCGCAAGAGAGAUGCUGAAGUAGCCGCAGAAGCUACCUUACAACUCGCCAAUCAUAACCCCACUCAGCUGGGUCCAGUCUUAGCUAGUUUUCCGGCACUGCAGCCUUCUAGAUCUACUUCAUUCCAAUGUUACGAACGGAAAAAGAACGAUGAGACACAGGACUUUAUUUCGAAGGAUACUUUCAUUGUAGGCGAGACAGACACAAUGGAAUUUGUGUCGUCCCCAGAGUCGAAAGCAGCUUCAGCCGGUUGCAGCUAUAUGGUAGCUAUCUACGACAAACGAACCGGAACGGCCACAUUCCGUCCAGCACCCGUCCAAAUCCUCACGCGCCAAGUGAAGGCUCUCAGGAACCUCAAACCCAUCGAGGUAUCUGUUGACGAACGUAUGCGUCUUCGUAACACCCUUGGCGAGACGUUUGGUACAAAGAAGGCCAAGGCUGCGAUCCGUGCGCACGAACGAAAACGAAUCGAUGUGGAUGCUAUUCAAGGCAUAGCUGAUCACUUGCAACAGCGCAUCGAGGAAAAUACCGUCAGCUUGCCUUCGAAAGAAGAGGCAAAGGCUGAAGCAGACGCGAGCCGACUGAUACCUCCGUAUGACCCAGAUGCUGAACGUCCACAGGAUGCCUACCCACUACAUGGCAUCAUCCCCGAGCCGGAAUUCAAUGCGCUUUCAGUGUCAGAGUUGAAGGCGGCCCCCGAUGCCAACGGGCGGCAAGCUGCUCUACCAUUUGGUAGGUCGACGUGGCUUCGGGAACGGCUGAACCUGGAGUUUAGUACACCAAAACCGAAGACAAAGAACCUGAAAAUCAUGUUGUACAUUUCGACGCUUUUUGCGUUCAGAAAUGCCUCAAAGGUGGUCAAUGACAAGGUCGCUCUGCAAAAACGGCUGAGAGGCAUUCCAAGUAUCAUUGUGGAUGCUUUGAUUUCGCGCUUCACUGAAGGGGCCCGAAAUGCUUCCGAGGUGAAGAUAACGAGUCAAAUGGACACCAGGAUCCUGACGCAUGCAUUUGCAUUGUGUCUACACAUUGACGACUUCGCUACCGACCCAAGCUUGAUCGCUCAAGAUCUCAGUAUGGAUCCGACCAACUCAUACCCCCUUCAGAGUCAACACCCUAUUCAAAAGCUUAGGCUGCAAGGUUCAGGCCUUGACCCACACGGACGUGAAACGUCUCGGACUACCUGACACGGUCCUCAAUACGAAACGUGCAGUGCUCAAGGUGCCGCUCGAGUUUCCCACUGCCAGGGUCAAGCGGAGCAAGCGGUGAUCCUGAGCGUAACCCCGAAGGAUAGUGUGACCGCGCGUUUGCUUGUUCUACAGUUUGCUUGUUCAACAGUUUCCUGGUUACGAUCCACCUGGGCGCGCGUCGGGCGGCCAUGAACCAAGAGUAGCUUGCAGUGGCUGCGCUCUCACUUCGUCUACGGUAGCCCGGAAUGUGAUGUUUGUUUCCCAAGAUGUCAAUGAAGUUGCGCUCAGACAACUUCGGCAAAGCCUUUGGAAGCCGCUUUGGUGAGUGCUAUUGAAAAAGGUUGAUAAAGCUUGGUGCCAUCAUCAUUGUAAAAUUGCAUCAUGAGAUUCCCUCUAGAUGCCAGUAAUUGAAACACUUUAAACUUGCUGGAGAUUGUGUGUUCUCUCCUGGAUACAUAUAAGUUCUGCUUAGGUGUAUUUGACAAGCUGCUAACACGAAGGCUAAGAUACUGUGUCAACGCCCGCCGUUUACGGGUCUGCAUCAUCCAAUUGAGUCGGAGAACUGAUGUCCGGAUACGUAGCUGUUCUUAAGUUACUGGCUGUGCAAUAAGUCGGUUUGUUUCAAUGAACGUUUGAGCU